CACCGCGCUUGCCGCACGCGCGCCUGUACCUGUUCAGGUACUAAUUUAUCGGUAGUCGUAAAGUUUAGGAGGUUUUUUUAGAUAGUACUAAAAUGAGAAGUAAAGCCAACUGUAUGGGGAAGAAAGUGAUUAUAAUACCCUUAUCGCACUCGGUCUGUGGAUGAUCUUGACAUUGCGUUCCCGUGAAAAUCUUUGCCAAUUUUGUCAAUCCAAAAUCGAGAUAGUAUUAUUAUUUAAUAUAGAACGGAUGUUUGCCAAAAACGAUUAACGUAUCGGAAGAGGAAAAUUAAGGCUCGCUGCAAAAACUGCUUUGUUCGACGGUAACCAAAAAAGUGCAAAACGAACUUCGACCAUUUGUAAACAGUGAUUGUGGAUUGUGGUGAUGAUAGUGCGCGAGUGUUCGUCGCGUACUUCCUUUUCUGAGGAGUAAGGAAAACUGGAGGCCGAGACGUAUGAGGCGUCAGUUGUCGUCCAGCUGACAACAGAUGUUAUUCCGGUUGAAGGCACGAUGUCGGCCGAUGGGUCGACGACGGAUAUUCACGGUCUACUCAACGAUACUGAAUCGGAUCUCACCGGCCUUUCACAUGUUGAUGCCCCGAAUGAUGCGAAUUACAUGAUCGGCGGUGUAGUGAUAGCCAUGGCCCUUGUAGGGCUCAUUAUUGUGCUGCUGGCUCUCACUAUCAACAAGCUGCGCAAGCGCGAGGAGCACUCGGCUUCGGUGCAUCCAGCCGAAGCUGUGCUCCAGGCCGCCCCGCAACCACCGCCCGAGCCUCUUGCCUUUCGUCAGCAGCCCCUGUGGCAGUUCCCACCACCGCUGCCUCCGCCUUACGUCUAUUCUCACGAUCAGGACAAUAUACUGCAGCCCCUUGGUAAUGAGCGCGCCAGUUUUCGUAGUUUACGAAAGAACAUUGGCGGUCGAUGGAAGCGACUCGUCAAAAAGAAGCCCGAGCAAGAAGUGUACACAAUCCCGCCUGAGCUCAAGCCUCAACUCAAGCAAAUAUAUGUGUACUAAAGCACUUCCUAUUUAUGAAGAUAAUCGCAAAGAAGCAGGAAUCUUCAAUGCUAGUUUAAUAAGAUAGACUUCAACCAAGAGCUCCACGGUUGUAAUUUAAAAAUCAUAUCUUACUGUUAAAACCAUAUCUGUAUUCGAAUAUCAAAACAUCUAUGCACAGGGCUUUAUGGCCCCCUAUAUCUUUCAACAUAUCUUUUCGACCAAUUAACUUUUAUGACCAAUAUUUAAACUUUCAUUCAACACUUUGUGAUUUAAGCCUAGAUGUAUUAAUAAGUAUUAGAACACUGAAGGUUGAGUGUUGUUCCGUUAUUGAUAUUUGAAUGUUGAAUCAUGAGUGAUAGUCAAAUGAGUUAGUUUAAUUUUUAAUUUAAAGUUACGAAUGGAAUUAGGAAAAUGCGGUCGCGCAUGCUAGUGACGAAAAUCCAAUAAUUAUGAUAGAAGCUGAUGCCUUGUAUGUAAUUUUAACUGAUUAGGGCAUUUUGUAGUUCAUUAACUUAUUCUAGACGAUGAUCGUAUCUUUAGAUGUAGGUACAUCGAUCAAAUAGUAUCAUGAAGCUAUACUUAUGUAAGCUAACCUAUCAACUUAUGGAAAUGAAUGUGGACCUCAUUGUUGGAUGCAGUAUUUUUAUAUGAAGCAUUUGAGUUGCGAGUGAGACUGAUAUAUUGUUCAAAUUAUUAUGUAACGUAACACCCAAAAUAUUAACUGAAAUCGUUCAAUGUAUCCCGUCUUGUAAUUUUUCUUUGAGAAUUAUUAAUGACCUAGUGGUAAAGUUACGUUACUUGCAUGCUUAUGUAGUAUAAUUUCAGGUUUUCGCCCGGUCUUUACCUACUGUGAUAUAAAAUGAUAAAUAAAUAAUGAUUGAUGAUAAAAUGUUGAGUUUUCAAUUCGCUUUGACCUGUCAAUUUAAUCAGUAGGAUAGACCGACGGUCGAAAAUUGUGAUAGCUCAUAUUGAGCCAGAUAUUCUGAUGAAUUAAGUUCGUAGAUGUAGGUACAAUAAUUCAGCCAUGAUAAUAUAUUUUUCGUUAAAAAUCUGUCGGUUGCAAAGGAUACAAUGUUAUAUAAAGUGUAAUUUAACAGUGUGCAGUUACUUUAAUCUAUCAUUGACAUAGAGAAAAAUAAAUUCCAUCAUGAUGUUA